UUGGGGUUGAAGUUUGUCAGUUGUCGCUCGGCUAAAUCAGAAUUCAGAAAUCAGAUUACGGAGUACGGAGAAAAUGCAGCUAACCGGUGCCUCAAUAUUCCUUGUGUGGAUGGGUCUCAUGUGCCUCGUUCCUUGCAGUGUCGCGGGCUCUAACAUAUUCCCAUCGCCUUUGAAGCGCUGUAAGGUGCAGGACGAGGCGUGUUUGGUGGCGCAGGCGCAGACCUAUUUCGGGGCCUUCAAGCGGGGCAUUCCGGAGCGGCAGGUGGCCGGCUUGGAGCCCAUCGAUCUGGGCAACAUGCGCGUGGAGAGCGGUGGCCACUCGGAGUCGCUGCAGUUCAAGCUGCUGAUGAACAAUGCCAAGCUGUACAACCUGGCCAACUCGGUGGUGGUCAAGAGUCUGAAGGGCUUCACCAAGGACCUCGCGAAGCCGCUCAAGCUGACCAUGGCCAUGGAUGCACCGCAACUGGAGGUGCGGGCCAAGUACGAUGUGGAUGGCAAACUGCUCAUCCUGCCCAUCGUUAGCAAGGGCGAUCUCACGAUUCGGAUGGACGAGGUCCAGAUCAAGUCGAGGAUUAUGGCGGAGCCGGUGAAGCGGGCCGACGGCCAUACAUACCUCAACAUCACGGACUACAAGACGAUUACCAAGGCCAAAGGUGGUCACUUCGACAUGACGAACCUGUUCAACGACAACGUGGACUUGCGGGAGAGCACCUUGAAGGUUCUAAAUCAGGAGUGGAACGCCCUGGCUCUGGAUGUCCAGCCGAAAAUCAACGAGGCCUGCUCCAAGGUCUUCAGAUCCAUCGUGCAAAAUCUGUGGAACAACAUACCCUAUGACGAAUUUUUCGAAGCGGAAUAACUACUGUGCCAAUUAGAGCACUUUAUAAGCAAGAAUAUAAUAUGUACUAAAAUA